CGGUUCAUUGAGAGAAGAUGGAGGAGAGCCCGAGGUCGCGCACGGUGAUUACAAGCCACAGCACCCCACACUCGGACAACUUCUCCACCUCAACGCUGGCUUACGACAGACACUUUAUUCGGACUGUCCCGGGAUUCCUCAUAUUUGCAGAAAUAGUCUUUGGUCUCCUGGUAUGGACGCUGAUCGGGGGAACAGAGUAUUUCCGUGUGCCGGCAUUCGGCUGGGUCAUGUUCGUAGCAGUGUUCUACUGGGUGUUGACUGUCUUCUUCCUCAUCAUCUACCUGACCAUGGCAUACACCAGAAUCCCUCAGGUGCCCUGGACAACAGUGGGCCUGUGCUUCAACAGCAGCGCUGCCGUGCUGUACCUGACAGCUGCCAUUGUGGAUGCUACUUCAGUUAGCCGAGCAGCUAGGGGGCAGCAUGAUUUCAACAGCUGGGCAGCUUCCACGUUCUUUGCCUUCCUGGUUGCACUGUGCUACAUGGGGAACACUUUCUUUAGCUUUAAAUCAUGGAGGUCACAGGAUGAAGGACACUAGCAAUGACAAAGGACGCUGUGUCUUUGUUGAAAUAUGAAGGAUCUUGAAGGAGGAUUAUGAAGUACAAAGUUUUGUUUUAUUUUGUGGAAGACAAAGAGUUGGAAGCAAUAAAUGGGCCAUGACAAAGACCCUCCCUUGGCUAUUGACACAUGCAUUGUUCUUCAAGCCCAGAGACCCUUGCUGGUAACAACAGUCUAUUUCAGGAUGUAGAGCACACAAGUGCAAUUAUGUGAAGAUAAAAGAGUUUUUUAUUGUUUCUCCUCACUGUUCCUAGACAGUGAAUAAUACUUUGAAAGUAAAUCAUUGGUGAUAAUAACUUGACUGUAAUAUGAACCAUGUGCAUUUUAUUUAUUCACUUCAUACUCAGA